CUGUUGCGUGCAGGGCCCGGGCUGUGUGGGUGGUUCUCCAGAGUCUCCUAGAGCCCUUUUUGGGUCUGAUUCUCUGACCCUCCCUUCUCUCCUUGCUCACCACUUGGCAUUCCACUCCUUAUCCUUUUGCUGCAUUAAGUUUGGAAAGAGAUUUUGGAGAAAAAUAUAGCCCCUAUCAGUGAAUUUCUCCUCCUCCCAGGGCCUGCCCAGGCUUGCGCCAUGCCCACUCUCUUCCUUUCCAGCGCUGGCCACGUCCUCCCUGCACCUUCAGUGCCUACUGUCCCUGCCUCUCCCUGGGCUCCGGGUCUGUGCCCACAGUGUCCUGCUUGGCCCUCGUGCUGCUUCUGGUUGCCCACAUUCCUGCAACUCUGUGACCACAACAGGGGCGAUUACACAUUCCUGGCCUGGCAGCCAAUGGUGUAAAAAAGAACAGAAUGUCCUAAGGCCCCGCCUAGCCCCCAGCUUCACCUGGGCCCCUCCCGGGUCUGGACAAGGUUGGAGGGAGUGGUGAGGACUCAGCAGGAAACAGGAGGGACCAGGAGGAGGCAGAUGCGCCCCACCUGAGUGCGCCGCGUCCACUUAAUGAGUGAGGAGGAGGUUUGCAGAGACCUAUUCUCUCUUCUCUCCAGGGCCUGGGGGUGAGGCUGAGCUGUGGGUACCCUGAGAGGGUUGCCCACUUGCUGAGACUCCAGUUCCUGGAAGCACACUUGGGACUCCCCCCUUGCUCUCCUGCCUGGAGAGAGACUCCCUUUGGUGCUGGCUCCUCCUAUUGCCCCCGCCUCCGCCCCCCACCCGCCUCUACUCACUCAGUGCCCCUCCUCCAUCCCCAUCUCUCCAUCCUUUGCUGUCCCUCUCUAUUGUCUCCCUUGUCCUCCGGUUUCCCCACCCAGGCCCUCUCAGCCUGGCUGGCCCCUUCUCCUUGUGUCGCCCUCCUGGCUGUGGGCUCAGGAUCCUUCUACUUGUUCUGAUCUUUGCCCGUAACCUGCCCUCCUGUCCCCCAGCCUCCUUGCCUGUCAGGUCUGCAUCUAAAGCCCCUGCCCAGAGUCUGCCUUCUCAGGUCCAGUACUCCCAGUUCACCUGCCCUCGGGAGCCCUCCUUCCUUUGGAAAACUCCCAGCUCUGACUCCUCCUCAGCCCCUCCCCCUGCCCUGCUCACUUUUAAUUGAGAUGUUAAUGAGACUCCUGUUGCUUCUCUCCCUGGCCGGCCGGCGGGCGGGCUCCCCAGCCCGGCCGCUGCACCUGUCAGGGGAACAAGCUGGAGGAGCAGGACCCUAGACCUCUGCAGCCCACCGCAGGGCUCAUGGAGGGGAACAAGCUGGAGGAGCAGGACGCUAGCCCUCCACAGCCCACCCCAGGGCUCAAGAAGGGGGACAAGCGUGAGGAGCAGGGGCUGGGCCCAGAACCUGCGGCACCCCAGCAGCCCACGGCGGAGGAGGAGGCCCUGAUCGAGUUCCACCGCUCCUACCGAGAGCUCUUCGAGUUCUUCUGCAACAAUACCACCAUCCACGGCGCCAUCCGCCUGGUGUGCUCCCAGCACAACCGCAUGAAGACGGCCUUCUGGGCAGUGCUCUGGCUCUGCACCUUUGGCAUGAUGUACUGGCAAUUCGGCCUGCUUUUCGGAGAGUACUUCAGCUACCCCGUCAGCCUCAACAUCAACCUCAACUCGGACAAGCUUGUCUUCCCCGCAGUGACCAUCUGCACCCUCAAUCCCUACAGGUAUCCGGAAAUUAAAGAGGAGCUGGAGGAGCUGGACCGCAUCACACAGCAGACGCUCUUUGACCUGUACAAAUACGACUCCUCCCCCACCCUCGUGGCCGGCUCCCGCGGCCGUCGUGACCUGCGGGGCACUCUGUCGCACCUCUUGCAGCGCCUGAGGGUCCCGUCCCCGCUUCACGGGGCCCGUCAAGCCCGUAGCGUGGCCUCCAGCGUGCGGGACAACAACCCCCAAGUGGACUGGAAGGACUGGAAGAUCGGUUUCGAGCUGUGCAACCAGAACAAAUCAGACUGCUUCUACCAGACAUACUCAUCAGGGGUGGAUGCAGUGAGGGAGUGGUACCGCUUCCACUACAUCAACAUCCUGUCGAGGCUGCCAGAGACUCUGCCAUCCCUGGAGGAGGACACACUGGGCAACUUCAUCUUCGCCUGCCGCUUCAACCAGGUCUCCUGCAACCAGGCGAAUUACUCUCACUUCCACCACCCAAUGUAUGGAAACUGCUAUACUUUCAAUGACAAGAACAACUCUAACCUCUGGAUGUCUUCCAUGCCUGGAGUCAACAACGGUCUGUCCCUGAUGCUGCGCACAGAGCAGAAUGACUUCAUUCCCCUGCUGUCCACAGUGACUGGGGCCCGGGUAAUGGUGCACGGGCAGGAUGAACCUGCCUUUAUGGAUGAUGGUGGCUUUAACUUGCGGCCUGGCGUGGAGACCUCCAUCAGCAUGAGGAAGGAAGCCCUGGACAGACUUGGGGGCGACUAUGGCGACUGCACCAAGAAUGGCAGUGAUGUCCCUGUCAAGAACCUUUACCCUUCAAAGUACACGCAGCAGGUGUGUAUUCACUCCUGCUUCCAGGAGAACAUGAUCAAGGAGUGUGGCUGUGCCUACAUCUUCUAUCCGCGGCCGCAGAACAUGGAGUACUGUGACUACAGGAAGCACAGUUCCUGGGGCUACUGCUACUAUAAGCUCCAGGCUGACUUCUCCUCAGACCACCUGGGCUGUUUCACCAAGUGCCGGAAGCCAUGCAGUGUGACCAGCUACCAGCUCUCGGCUGGUUACUCACGAUGGCCCUCGGUGACAUCCCAGGAAUGGGUCUUCGAGAUGCUAUCGCGACAGAACAACUACACCAUCAACAACAAGAGAAAUGGAGUGGCCAAAGUCAACAUCUUCUUCAAGGAGCUGAACUACAAAACCAAUUCUGAGUCUCCCUCUGUCACGAUGGUCACCCUCCUGUCCAACCUGGGCAGCCAGUGGAGCCUGUGGUUCGGCUCCUCAGUGCUGUCUGUGGUGGAGAUGGCUGAGCUCAUCUUUGACCUGCUGGUCAUCACAUUCCUCCUGCUGCUCCGAAGGUUCCGAAGCCGAUACUGGUCUCCAGGCCGAGGGGACAGGGGUGCUCAGGAGGUGGCCUCCACCCAGGCAUCCUCCCCGCCUUCCCACUUCUGCCCCCACCCCACAUCUCUGUACUUGUCCCAACUAGGCCCUGCUCCCUCCCCAGCCUUGACAGCCCCUCCCCCUGCCUAUGCCACCCUGGGCCCCUGCCCAUCUCCAGGGGGCUCCGGAGGGGCCAGCUCCACUGCCUAUCCUCUGGGGGGGCCCUGAGAGAGGAGAGGUUCCUUGCACCAAGGCAGAUGCUCCCCUGGUGGGAGGGUGCUGCCCUUGGCAAGAUUGAAGGAUGUGCAGGGCUUCCUCUCAGAGCCGCCCAAACUGCCUUUGAUGUGUGGAGGGGAAGCGAGAUGGGUAAGGGGCUCAGGAAGUUGUUCCAAGAACAGUGGCCAAUGAAGCUGCCCAGAAGUGCCUUGGCUCUGGCUCUGUACCCCUUGGUACUGCCUCUGAACACUCUGGUUUCCCCACCCAACUGCAGCUAAGUCUCCUUUUCCCUUGGAUCAGCCAAGCCAAACUUGGAGCUUUGACAAGGAACUUUCCUAAGAAAUGGCUGAUGACCAGGACAAAACACAACCAAGGGUACACACAGGCAUGCACGCGUUUCCUGCCUGGCGACAGCUGAAGCCAGCCCCUGACUGACCUGGCCACACUGCUCUCCAGUAACACAGAUGUCUGCUCCUCAUCUUGAACUUGGGUGGGAAACCCCACCCAAAAGCCCCCUUUAUUACUUAGGCAAUUCCCCUUCCCUGACUCCCGAGAGCCAGGGCCAGAGCAGACCCGUAUAAGUAAAGGCAGCUCCAGGGCUCCUCUAGGCUCAUACCCGUGCCCUCACAGAGCCAUGCUCCAGCGCUUCUGUCCUGUGUCUUUCGUCCCUCUACAUGUCUGCUCAAGAUAUUUUCUCAGCCUGAAAGCUUCCCCAGCCAUCUACCGGAGAACUCCUAUGCAUCCCUCAGAACCCUGCUCAGACACCAUUACUUUUGUGAAGGCUUCUGCCACAUCUUGUCGUCCCAAAAAUUGAUCACUCCCCUUUCUCGUGGGCUCCCGUAGCACACUAUAACAUCUGCUGGAGUGUUGCUGUUGCACCAUACUUUCUUGUACAUUUGUGUCUGCCUCCCCAACUGGACUGUGAGGGCCUUGUGGCCAGGGACUGAGUCUUGCCCGUUUAUGUAUGCUCCGUGUCUAGCCCAUCAUCCUGCUUGAAGCAAGUAGGCAGAUGCUCAAUAAAUGUUUGUUGCAUAAAGGAA